AUGGCUGCGCUCGGUGCGAAGGGCUCGGCUGCUGUGCCCGCACGGCUGUGCCGAGUGGUGCAAGGGCUGUGGGGCUGGCAAGCACGGCGGGGGAUCGGGCAGGACCCGGGGGCCGCGGGUGAAGGAAAAGCUGCCAAGCCGUCAUUCACGGAUGAAGCGGUUCAAAACCUGCUCUACAAAAUGACAGGGCUCAAUCUGCAGAAGGUCUUCAGACCGGUGAAAAUGGAGCUUAAACCACCCAAGUACAAGCUGAUGACGGAAGCUCAGCUGGAAGAGGCCACAAGAAAAGCUAUUGAGGAAGCUAAAGAAAAACUAACAAUGCCCCCUGUUUUGAAGGAGAGAGAGCCAAUUGAUGAUGUCUUAUCAGAAGACAAAUUCCUUGAAGGAACUGAAACUACAAAAUAUGUGUUUACAGAUUUAACUUACUCAGUUCCACAUCGUGAACGUUUCAUUGUCGUUAGAGAAACAAAUGGUGUAUUGCGCAAAGCAACCUGGGAGGAAAGAGACAGAAUGAUACAGAUAUUUUUCCCAAAAGAAGGGCGCAGAGUUAUUCCCCCCGUAGUAUUCAAGGACGAAAACCUUGUGGCUGUGUUUCAGCAAGACCGUCAUGAGGAUCUCCUCAACAGGUGCAUUGCUCAGUUUGAACCAGAUUCACCAGAUUAUAUCAGAGUUCAUCAUCGGACCUAUGAUGACAUUGAGAAACAUGCCAAAUACGACCUGCUCCGUUCCACACGACACUUUGGAGGGAUGGUGUGGUAUCUAGUGAACAGAAAGCAAGCAGAUGGUUUACUAAUAGACAUGAUCCAAAGAGACUUGCUGGACAAUGCUAUAAGCUUAAUUACACUCUAUCAUAUGCUUCAUCCUGAAUGUCCAUCAGCAAAAGAAGCUAAAGAAGGGAACCUUCAGGGAGUUGAUUUGAUCAAGGUAUUUGCAAAAACUGAGUCACAGAAAGAAGGCUAUAUACAGCUGGCCCUCCAGGCUUAUGAAGAAGCAAUGGCUGCCUCUACAGGUUCAUGAAAUAAACCUUGGUUCAUCAUCAGUUUUAAGCUUGUUUAUAAAUGUUCUCUGUACAGGAUUCU